AUGGGCCAGGCGGGCAGCCACCCGGCCGGCGCGGUCCCGCACCGGUGCCGCCGCUCCAACACGUUGACCCACGAACCGCUUCGACACGCAUCGAAGGUGCUGCCAUCUCUGCCGGAGUCGCCGUGCUUGCGGAGUACGGACAAUGGCGCAAUUCUUCAGUCUGGGGGAACCAUUAGCGGACGGAGGCCUGGGUCCAUGCAUCAAGAGAGCUCCAGGUCGACACAUGGACAUGGGCACUCAAACGUGUUUAGAUCACGGUCUGCUGGGUUGUCAGGGGAAUCCGGGGAUCUGCGGUCAAGAGAGCGGGAUCCCUUGCAUCGGUCUCAUACCAAUCUCGACAUAAGACUAAACGAAAAUGGUAGUAUAGGCAAAAGAUUCGAUUCAGAACCUAAUCUGAGAAUAGAAGAGGAACAACAAAAACAAAGAAAUAAUAACAAGCACUUUCGUAAAAAAUAUCGUGCACCCCCACCGCCUAGCAACGAUCGUCGAGGGGGUUCUUCGCCAGAUUCCAGCGUUGGGAAUGCGAGACCAGAAGCCCAAAGAAAACUCAGGCUAUUUAAAACACGUAAUGAAACUAAAAACAUAAAUGGACACUCAGACUCGAAAAUUCCUAUUAUUAGGAAUACCUACACUGAUUUCAAGUCCUUAGAUAUUAAUGACCAAUCAUUCGAAAGAAGAUACAAAUCUCCAUGUAAAGAUAAAGAUCAGCAUUUGAAGUACCCCGACAACAGGGACAUGGUACAGAGUUCAGCAUCAUUAAAAAGGGAAGAACGAUUAUUACAAAGUAGAAACAAUUCGAAGAAAUCGAGAACAGAUGUAGUUAGUGGAUGUAAAGCGAAAAUGUCAAAGAGUAAUGAACAAAGCGAAGCAUGGAAAACACCUCUUCUAGACAGAAACUUCAGAUACUCUGAAAGAUUUAAAAAGGAUGACAGCGAUCAUUCAACGUUAAGAAGAGAAAAAACGUUUGAUAAUUCUUUACUCGAAAGGAAUCGAGAAAUUGGUUCAUCUAAAAACAUAUUCGAAAAAGAGUUAAAGACUUUAGGAGAACAAAAGAAACUCAGUCCACUUGCGGAGAGUAGCAAACCACUGAGAAAAUCUCUUCCUUCAUUAUUGCCGAGAAAUGAAGAAAAAGAUGAAUUUCAAGCGGAGCUUAAAAAGGCUACAAGUAGAAUAAGAAAUGAAUUAGGUCAUAAAUUUAAUAUAAGUGAAAACAAAACUAGUCAAGUUAAUAAAUUCAGCGUAGAAAAACCAAACCCAACGAAAACUCCAGAACAGACAAAAGUCAAAGAAUCUAGUCUUAAAACAGACAAUGCGAACACAAAAAAAGACUCAAAAACUAAAAAUAUUCGAAUGCCUUUAUCUAGGACGCAUGAAGUUAAGUCCAAUUUGCCGAUGCAACAAAACAAAACUGCUAAAUGUAAUGACACAAACAACUUCAAAUUUAAUACUAAGGAAAAUAAUCGUCCAAUGCCAGAUAGAGGUCAAGCUUCUGGGAAAGAAUCUACUCCAGAACAUUCUCCAACUAGGAAAAGGGAAUUUACAACGAAUAAUACCUCACAACAAACGCAAAAACCAGCACCGUCAAAACAGUUCUAUUUUGGAAUGAUAGAAAGCAAACAUAUAGAACCCCAGGACCAUCUCAAAGACUUCCCAGGACUAGGGAGUCCAAUAAUCGAAGAACUAAAUAACUUCCAUCUGAUAGAACAGAAGUUGCUCAGUUACCAUGAUGAUGAUGCAGAGCUAGAGAAGUUCAACGAGAAAUUUAAAGAAGAUUGUAAAAUAAGAAAUAUAUCAUCAGAGUCUGCACUCUCAUCGGAAGGUUCCGAAGGCGAAGGUUCUGAUGGAUCACUGGGUAUUGCAUUGAGGCUUAGGCCCACAUUGCCUAAGAAACAAACGUCAAUACCUCAUUUCUCACCAUCAGCUGCAUGGCGGCAACUUGCCAGUUUAGAUGCGCAUCUUGCGUCUGAAACCCAGCCGCUAGCAGUGGAAACAAAGAUGUCGGGUGACAUAUCGGCCGAGUCAUCUCCGCGCUCCGAUCCAUCAGCAGACAAGUCAGGCGACUCUGGCAUAUCCGGCGAUCAUGCUCAUAGUGACCACAGGAUUGAUUCUCCAUCCAGGCAUCACAUAGCAGAGGCCGGUGGAGUGACAUGGACUCCGCAGCAAGACCUGGGAGACAGCAGCUCGGACGGUGCGGGGGGUGCGGGGGGCGCGCCGCUGCCCGCCGGGCUCGGUGUCGCUACCUACAGCCCUGGUGCUCAGCCCUUCAGCCUCUCGUUGCCCAGGGAAAACCAGGAAAAGGGCAAGCAGUUGCAGCAAGGUUUCAACAGUCUGCAGAAGCUAAGGAAGUCGGUGUCGGGGGCGUUGGGCGCUGCUUUGGGUUCCAGAAGAUUUGACCUAGAACAUGAGCCUAUGCUCGAGGAGCCUGAACAGAACUGGUUCUUGACGAAAUCCGCGCCUAACUCGUUGAGCAAUCCACUGCUCUUCCAACAACCGAGAUCGAAAGGAUCUCUCGACGAUGAUAAUAAAGAACAGUCAGAUCCUACGGAGAAGGAGGCUGCAAACGGGUGGAGGGCUGGCAGCGCGUACGUAUCGUGGGGGGGGCACGUAAUGUACCUGCCCCCCGCCGCACAGCCGCACUCCAUGCCCGCACUCGACCGGCCCGUCAGGAGCAAGUCAAGCGGGUGCCUGGAAGCUGCGGCAAGAGCUGCACGGGCAGCACUGGCGGGCGAGAUGCGAGAACGAGAGCGCUCAGCAUCCCCUGACGUGGCCCGAGCUGUGCCAGCUGCCGUGCGACCAGCUACGGGACCAGCCAACGUGAGUACACCGCUUACUUACAGCACUGCGAUUGUUUCAUUGUGUGUGCAUAGGCGGUACCAGCGCAAUCAAACAAACGCAAACGGUCGGGGCAGGAGAUUCACGUUCCAGUCGACAGUGCGCCAGUUGGAGAGGCGGAGGCUCGCCGAGAAGCUGUCCAGGGAGGCCGAUCUGAAGGAGCAACAGCGAAAAACCGAACUGGAGGCCAUGCGAAGAGUCGAGGAAGAGUUCCAGCGCAAGCGGGCGCGUGAGAAAGCUAACAUAAGGCAGCAACUGCGGCUUGUCAGUAGCGGUGCCUCCAGCCUACCCACCACUGCUAACAAUACUAAGGCGAGGGACGAACCGGACGGCUCGUGCCGGGCGUCUCCGGGAGCACGAGAUACUCGCACUCGGCACAGCAACACCUCCUCAGAAACAAGCGCACGCAGUAAAAGCACUACGCCGAUCCGGUGCGUGGAGUUGUCGGAGUGGCGCACGGGCCCCGCGGCGCGCGUGUACCGCGACUGGGCCGCAGCGCACGCGCACCCGCCCGCCUGCGCCACCAUCACGCACGCACACGCCGCCGCGCACGGGGUAGAAGGCGAGGCGUUUAGCGGCAGCCCGCGCUCGGAUAACUACCGGCUGGAGUUCGCGCGCGGGCGCUCGCCGCGCACGCCGCGCGCGCCGCGCCUGCUGCCCACGCCCGGCUCGCCCUCCUCCUCAGGCUCCGACAUGUCGCUGCGCCCCAUACGCAUCAGACAGUACGCGGUAAGUGAGGCUAACGUAGUAUUCCUAUGUUCCCAAGGUGGUGAUGUGAUAUCGAGUUGUAGUGCCUUUAUAACUACUAACUGCAUACGACUGGCAACAAGAGAGUGCGACGGGACGGUAGGGGAUGCCUUGGAAGCAGAGGAGCCAGCCAUCGUGCCCACGCUGCGGCCCGCCGGCCCCGCGCGUCCCGCGCUCGCUAUUCGCUGA